AUGAGUGAUCAACAAAGAGAUGGUAUCGAGCGUGCAUCCUCCGAUGACGUAACAAACACACUUAACGAAGAAAGAGAAAACAUUUCCAAGAGAGAUUAUCUUGACCAAGAAUCUGAUCAAAAGAUCUCUGACACUGAAACUGACACUGAAGAAAAAUCAAUCGGGGUUAGGAAAGCUGAGAUCUUAGCUGCACAAUGGAAUGGUAACAAAUGGUUACACGUUGUUUUAUUAAUUUCUGCAUUCAUUGUUGGUUAUGCGUAUGGUUUAGAUGGUGCUACCCGUUGGGUUUAUACUGCUUAUGCAACAGCUUCCUAUUCUGAACAUUCCUUGUUAACCACUGUUGCUGUUGUUACUUCUGUUGCCGGUGCUGCUUGUCAACCAGUCUAUGCUAGACUUUCUGAUGUCUUUGGUCGUUUGGAAAUCUUCAUUGUGUCCAUUUUAUUCUACGUUGUUGGUACUAUCAUUGAAUCUCAAGCUACCAAUGUUCAAAAAUAUGCUGCUGGUUCUGUCUUGUACCAAAUUGGUUAUACUGGAGUUAUUCUUAUUGUCAUGUGUAUCUUGGCUGAUUUCUCCAGUUUGAAAUGGCGUUUAUUCUACUUAUUCGUUCCAACCUUCCCAUUCAUCAUUAACACCUGGAUCUCCGGUAAUGUCACUGCUGCCGUUGGUACUAAUUGGAAAUGGGGUGUCGGUAUGUGGGCUUUCAUUUUCCCAUUGGCUUGUCUCCCAUUGAUUGGUUGCAUGCUUCAUAUGAGAUGGAAGGCUGGCAAGACUGAAGAAUGGAGAAUCUUUAAGCAAAGGGAAACUAAAUUCCAAGAAUUAGGAUGGUGGGGGUUCACAAAGUACUUAUUCUGGCAAUUAGAUAUUAUUGGUUUGUUACUCUUAGUUGUCUGUUUAGGUUGUCUUUUAGUUCCAUUAACUCUUGCUGGUGGUAUCCAUUCUAAAUGGAAAAAAGGCUAUAUCAUUGCUCCAAUUGUCGUUGGAGGUGUUUUAUUACCAGUCUUUGUCUGUUGGGAACACUGGGGUGCCAGACAUCCAGUUGCUCCAUUCCAUUUAUUGAAGGAUCGGGGUAUUUGGUCUGCUUUGACUAUUUCAUUCUUAUUGAACUUUAUUAGUUCCAUUGAAUCAACAUACCUUUAUACCGUUUUGCUUGUGGCUAUUAAUCAAACUAUGAAAUCCGCUACCAGAAUUACUUCAUUGAGUUCCUUCGUUUCCGUUGUCGCUGGUUUCUUCUUCGGUUUAUUCAUUGUUAAGUGGAAGAAAUUGAAAGGUUUUAUUAUCUUCGGUUGUUGCAUGUGGAUGGUUGCCUUGGGUCUCUUAUACCAUUUCAGAUCUGGUACUUCUUCUUACGGUGGUAUCAUUGCCGGUGUCUGUUUAUUAGGUUUUGGUCUUACGUUCUUUUCAUAUCCAUGUAACGUCUCCUUACAAAGUUGUACUACCCAUGAACAUAUGGCUGUUAUUAUUUCAUUAGGUUUAACUGUCUACAGAAUUGGUUCAGCUGUUGGUGCAUCUAUUGCUGGUGCCGUUUGGUCUCAAAAGUUGUAUGAAAAGAUUUUACAACAUACUGGCAACUCCACUUUAGCUACUUCUGUAUAUGGUGAUCCGUAUACCUUCAUUGCUCUGUAUGCUUGGGAUACUCCAGAAAGACAACAAGUUGUUCUUGCUUAUCGUGAUGUUCAAAGACUUUUGAUCAUGAUUGCCUUAAUCUUCACUGCUCCAAUGAUCAUUGUUGGUUUCUUCUUAAGAGACCACAAAUUGGGUGAUGAACAAAGUAAUGAAGAAGUUGAAAAGAAAGAGCAACGUGAAUCCUUAAGUGUUUAUGUUGCUCAAGGUUUCUCUGGAUUCACUUCUAGAUUUCAGGGAAAGUCUAAACAAGAACCUCAACCUACCUUUUAA